AUGAAUGAAGCUGAUGUCGUGUGCAAAUUCGUCGGCUGUGGUAACGCCGUAUCGUCAUCGGGGAAUUCAGAAUUUGGAUCUUCACACUGGCCCGUUCUGCAAACUGAAAUUAGUUGCAGUGGUACCGAGAAAAACCCCUGGACGUGUGAAAGGAGAAAACUGGCUCACCCUAACUGCUCAAAGGAAAAUGAAGCAGCCGGCGUUGUUUGCGCGGGACACAGAAUGCCUAGACUGGUGGAUGGAUACGACGAAUGUUCCGGAAGAUUGGAAAUACAGCAUGGAGAGACGUGGGGCACUGUGUGCGAUUCAAAUUGGGACUUACAGGAUGCCCGUGUAGUGUGUAGAUCGUUGAAAUGUGGGGAAGUGAUCUCAGUAAUCGGAGGGGCAUACUUUGGCGAGGGCAGCGGUCUCAUGUGGCAGGAGUCCUAUGAAUGUGAAGGCAAUGAGACUAUUUUGUGGGAUUGCGCAACCAAGUCAAGAAAUGAACACAAUUGCACGCACAGAAGUGCUGUGAGCGUUAUUUGUUCAGGUCAAAAAGGACUGCGGUCAAUUGGUGGCAAGGACAGAUGUUCGGGUAGAGUGGAAAUCUUAAGAGGUGAAACAUGGGGAACGGUCUGCGAUGUUUUCUGGGAUUUAGAAGAUGCGGCUGUCGUCUGCAAUCAUCUCCAUUGUGGAGCCGUGUUUUCAGCGGCCGUGGGAGCAUCAUUUGGUGAAGGAACUGGUACAAUUUGGAAAGACGUCACUGAAUGUCGCGGGAAUGAGAUGCGUUUGAAUGACUGCCGCAUUUCAUCAUGGAGAGACCACCCCUGUACACACAAACAUGACGCCGGCGUUAUCUGUUCAGCGGAUCAGUGGCAUUUGCGGCUGGCUGCUGGAGAGGGCCGAUGCGAUGGCCGAGUGGAGGUUUAUCAGAGUGGAGUCUGGGGCAGAGUAACUGACGAUUUGUGGGAUUUCAAAGACGCAGAUGUGGUAUGCAGACAGCUGAAGUGCGGCUCCGCAGUAAAUGUUUACAACGACAGGAAAUAUGGAAUCGGGAAAGGGCCUGUGAUAAUGAGCAACGUCAAUUGUAUUGGAGAUGAAUCCUACCUCUGGAACUGCACUUUCACGCAAGCGGACCAUCUACCUUUCGGUGGUGAUGUUGGUGUCUUUUGUUCUGAUAAUAUUCCCGUAAGGCUGGUGAAUGGUGCAAGUCGUUGUGCCGGAAGGGUAGAAGUUUAUUACAACGGAAUCUGGGGCACCGUGUGCGAUGACGCUUGGGAUUUCAUAGAUGCACAUGUUGUCUGCAAAGAACUGAACUGUGGGCAUGCUGUUAAUGCCACGAAGUCCAGUUGGUUUGGCCAAGGCUCAGGUCCUAUCUGGAUGGACAACCUCAAGUGCUCAGCGAAUAAUUCGGCCUUGUGGCAAUGUCCGGCGAGACCAUGGGGCGAGAACGAUUGCAUUCACAAAGAAGAUGCUGGAGUUAUCUGUUCGGAUCACAGGGAGAUAAGGUUGGCAAAUGGGAAGAAUCCUUGCCAGGGAAGACUUGAGGUUUUCUUUAACGGAACAUGGGGAACAGUUUGCUCUGACUCAUUUGGCAUGGAAAAUGCACAAGUCGUUUGCUCCCAGCUCAACUGCGGCUCGGCAAAAUUAAUAGAAAACACCGCUGCAUUUGGAGAAGGGAAUGGACCGAUCUGGAUGGAUGACGUGAGAUGUCGGUUGGGUGACUCACUUUUAUGGCAAUGCCCAUCUUCAGCAUGGGGCCAACACAACUGCAAACACGAGGAGGAUGUUGCGAUUAUUUGUUCAGACCUGCGGCUCGUGGCGGGGUUUGAUAAUUGCUCUGGAAGAAUUGAAGUUUUCUUCAGUGGGACGUGGGGAACGGUCUGUGAUGAUUCAUGGGACAGACACGAUGCUGCUGUCGUCUGUCGCCAAUUAAACUGUGGGGAUCCAGUCCUGGCUUCCGGGGGGAUGCUAUUCCCCCCUGGAAACGGCACUAUUUGGAUGGACGAGGUCAAAUGCAAAGGGAGUGAGAAUUUUCUGUGGGAUUGCCAAUUUUCUGCAUUGCAUCGUCAUGACUGUGGGCAGAAAGAAACCGUCGGAGUGAUAUGUUCUGGUCAGUGA